AUGGCUGGCCUACCACCCUCCCAGAUGAUUAUUUUUGGUAUCGGUGGUAGGCCUAUCGAUCUUUUUCACGAUAUGAAAUUACAACGAGAUAAAUUGAAACAAUACAAAAGAAAGAUUGAAAUUAUAGCAGAUCAAGAACAAAACAUUGCAAAGGAUGCAUUGUCAAAAGGAAAUAAAUCUAAAGCUCUCUUAGCGUUACGUAGGAAAAAAUAUCAAGAAAGUUUAUUAAUUAAAACUGAUCAACAACUUGAAACACUACAAAACUUGGUUUCGAGUGUUGAAUUUUCAUUAAUCGAAAAGGAUGUCUUAUUUGGUCUUCAACAAGGAAAUCAAGUCUUAAAGGAAAUACAUAAAGAAAUGAAUCUUGAAAGUGUAGAGAAACUCAUGAGUGAUACUACUGAAGCUAUCGCAUAUCAAAAGGAGAUUGAUGAAAUGAUGAUGUCAAAGAUGAGUGUGGAGGAAGAAGAAGAAGUCCAACGAGAAUUAGAGGCAUUGCAAGCCCAAGAAGGUACCAAACAGAACUCACAAGUCGACAAACAUUCAUCUAUAUCAAUCGAUCUACCAGAUGCCCCUAAGACUCGUCUUCCAGAGAUUCCAGAACCAGUCCUCGAAGAGGAGGAACCUCGAAGGAUACCUCGAAAAGAACUCGAAGCUAUACCUGCUUGA